GGGAUAGAAAUGAUCUUGUUAGUAUUUACUCUUUGGUUGGCGUUUAACUGUGCAGUAGAUGUGCUUGCUCCACUUUUCCUGCGCCGCUGACAGUCUGCAGGUUCUUUUAGCUUCCAGUGCAGUUAUGGCAGAUAUUAGCAACACCGAAAAGGUCCAGCUGCACGCCCCAGAUUUAGAGGAACUGUCUGGUGUAUUACAAGCAGGACUGGAAGGCAACUUUGCUGAAGUUCAAGUGAGUGUUGUGGAGUGUCCAGAUCUCACCAAAGAGCCCUUCCAGUUUCCUGUCAAAGGCUUGUGUGGAAAGCCUCGCAUCACUGAUGUUGGUGGUGUACCGUACCUGGUCCCCUUGGUCCAGAAGCACAAGGAAUACAACAUGAACAACAUAUCGAAGGAGCUGGAGCUGCCAGGAGCCUUCGUCCUCGGCGCAGCGGCUGCUCCCUCCAGAAUUGUUGGAAUGAAUGCAGAGCUGAUUCCUCUGGUUCUGACCGAAGCGGAGGGAAGGCCUGCAGUGAACAGCAGCUACUACUCCUCCAUCAAUCCAGCUGAUGGCCAGUGUCUGCAAGAAAAAUACAGCAACAAAUUCUCUGACUGCAACUUUGGACUGCUGGGCAAUCUGUACGCUUGUGAAGGGAAGUCUGGGAAGGUCAUUGAGGUGCGGGCCAAGAAGAGAACAGGAGGCCACAGUCUUGUGACGGCCAUGAGGAACACUCUGGAAGGUCACUACCCCGAUAAAAGCCUGGCUCUGGGAGGCACCUUCAUCAUCCAGAAAGGGAAAGCUAAAAUCCACAUCAUGCCAAGAGAGUUCUCGGUCUGCCCCCUCAACGACAACGAUGAAGUCAACAACUGGCUCAAGCACUUUGAGGUCAGCGCCCCGCUCAUCUGCCAGUCAGUGCUGGUAUCCAGAGACCCUGGUUUGGACCUCCGUGUAGAGCACACCCACUGCUUCAGCCACCACGGAGAAGGUGGCCACUACUACAUCGACACCACACCUGACAGUGUGGAGUACCUGGGCUACUUCAUGCCUGCAGAGUUUGUCUACCGCAUCGACAGGCCCAGAGAGACCCAUGGAGUGGGACGAGAUUAAAUGAUUGAUGAAUGAAUGAAUAAAUAAUGUUUGCAGCACAGCGUCUACUGAUAAUCUGGAUCAGGGGUUUCCAAAGUCUGAGACUGUGGGCCUCGAUAGUUAAGAUAGCCUAACAUUGCUUUUUGACUUAACUUCAGACUAUACCAAAUACAUAAAAAGGUCUGUCCUACGACAUUUAUUAGUUUCUGACUGGAAAGUGGGAAAAACAGUAAAAUCCUCAAACUACUGUAUCUCUGAACUAUCUCCUUGACUAAAUAACACAUUUAGGGUUUCUAUGUGAUCUUCUUUUAACUAAUUUUGCACUUCCUAUCACUGAGCCUCCCCUGAAACUCUUUGGACCCCUGGCGAGGUCCACCUUUGAAAACCUCUCUAAAUAAUCAAGCAGUGCGUGAUUUAUACAAGGUUCUAUGUAUUCUAAAACCUCACAGAAACAUCCAUUUUCCAAUGGACAUUUAUCAUUUCUGUAAAUCUUUGCUCUCAGAUCACAGCUUUACAUUUUGUAUACAUUUCUUGUAUUCAAAAUCACUACAUUUCAUAAAAACAAUAAUAAAAACAAUGUUGAAUUUG